AUGUAUAUCCUCUUGGUAUUUUUACUGAUUCCUUGUUCGAUAUUUGCGAAUCAACAUCUUCAUCAAGAAUGUCCAAUUGGUUGUCAUUGUUCGGGAAUGUCGGUGAAUUGCAGUGGGAUGGGGUUUAUGAAAUUGCCAAUGAAUAUCGCUUCAACUACAACUCAUUUGAUUUUCUCGAAUAAUUUGUUGGUUUCUAUGAAGAAAAGUGAUUUUGAGAUGCUUCCGAAUUUGCAACAUUUGGAUCUUCAGAAUAAUACUAUUAGAUAUGUUGAAGAGGUUUGUUGAAUUUUCCAGAUUUUUUAAUUGUUUCAAAUAAUGAAUACAUUUCAUUAAUCCUUUUUUUUCAGAACAUCCUUGAUGCUAUCCCAAGUCUGAAGUAUUUCGACAUUUCCAAAAAUAAAAUCAAAAUUCUACCUCAUCUCACAUCCGCCCCAACAAAACUUUCAAACCUGAAUCUUGGCUUCAAUAUGAUAUCAAAACUAGAUCAAGAUUUGCUGAAACCUUUCCCAUAUUUGCUCCAAUUCAACCUUGCCAAAAAUCGUGUUCAAUCUCUUCCCAAUAAUUUCUUCCCAAAAUCAAUGGCAUCUGUCUUGAAGAGUGUGAACCUGGCGGGAAAUCCAUGGAGCUGUGAUUGCAGGUAAAUAAUUUUUUGCUUGGAAGAUGUAUCGUGAAAUAUUUUUAGAAUGGAUCAUCUCAAACGAUUCGGCGAUGCGACUUCUGCGAAUUUCAUGUUGGCAAAAUGUUUCUUCCCGACAAGAUUGAGAGGGCAACUUGUAUCAGAUGUAAGAAUCUGAACGUUUUGGUUUCAGUAAUUUGAAAAUUUUCUAGUUAUCAAGCAGUGAAUUGCGUUGCGAAGUUCCAAGGAUUGAGAAGGAGAUGCUUUCAGAUGUCAAUGCCCGAGUUUUGAAAUGCCCAAUAACAUCAGAUGAAUCAUUUCAUUUGAAUUAUAUUUGGAUGGACGGGUAAGUUUUUUUUUAAUUUUUCCGUGAAAGUCCUGUUAUGUACAUUUAUUUUUCAGAAACGAAGAAAUAAUUCGAUUCAAUAAUUCUUAUUGGACAACUGAAGAUGGAGAUUUGACGAUCCCAGAAAAAGAGGGAGAUCAUAUUCGAUGCACAGUGGAUCGAUUGAGAUUUACCAAAGCAAACCAUGGUUUAAAGAAAACUGCAUCAGUUUCUAAUCACCCUGAGUUCACAUUCCAACAACAAGACACAUCUUCGAGAGAUGGAGAAGCUGUUGAAUUAGUUUGUGAAGCAACUGGAAAUCCAUCUCCAACUAUUAUGUGGACAUUUGGAAAUAAGGUAAUUAUUUUUGUCUCUCUAUAGAUGAACAAAACAGUUUUCUAGGAAAUUUUGGAAUCACGUAAGCAUAAAUUGAUGAGAGCUGGUAGAACUCUUCGAAUUUAUCCAUUCUUGGAAGCUGAUAUUGGAAAAUAUACUUGUACUGCUGAAAAUCUUCAUGGUUCAAUUUCCCAUACGAUAAAUGUUGCCCUUCUUGCCAGUCAGCAGCCAAUGAUUUUUGAUCCACCAAUGAACACCAAGGCUGAAAUUGGUCAAAUGAUAACACUUCGAUGUAAUGCUCGAGGAAUCCCUCAACCAGAUAUUUAUUGGCUUUUUGAAGGAACUCGAAUUCCUAGAAGAAACACUAGAUAUAGUAUCUCUGAAAAUAAUGUUGAAUUGACGAUUGAAAAAGUAACUCGACACGAUUCUGGUGUUUUUACAUGUCAAGCUGUGAAUAGUAUUGGAUCUGCUGUUGCUCAAGCUGAACUCAUGGUUGGUACUGAUUUGACAAUGAAAGUUGAUGAUUUGUUGAAUCCUAUGACAAUUGAUGAUAUUGCGAUGAAAGCUAGAACUAAAGUUGAGAGGUAUGUAUCUGAUUUCUGAUUGAGAUUUUUACAAUUAUUUCAUUUAGCGCAUUGACUUCAACAAAAGAAAGUAGACGGAUGGACAAAAUUAACAGCCCACAAGAUCUCAAAAAACUCUUCAAAUUCGCAAUUCCUUUGAAAAAAGUUGAUCUUGGAAAAGCUCGUGAAAUCUAUGAAGAAUCGAUCAGAUUAGUUCAAAUGCAUAUUCACAAUGGUCUUCAAUUCACACCAGCUAUGAUUUCACCAAAUGUUUCAUAUGAAGCAGUUCUUCCAGCUGCCUAUGUUCAAACUUUGAUGGAGAAAUCAGGUUGUCAAACAGGACAAUUUGUUGAAAGUUGUGAUGAUCAUUGUUUCUUCUCGAAGUAUAGAUCAUAUGAUGGACAAUGUAAUAAUUAUGAGCAUUCAAUGUGGGGUGUUUCUGAAAUGGCGUUUUUGAGAUUGUUACCACCAAGAUAUGAAAAUGGAUUCAAUACACCAGUUGGUUGGGAAAAAGGAAAACUUUAUCAUGGUUUCAAAUUACCAAAUCCACGAAGAAUUUCAAGAGAAUUGAUUGGAACUGAUGAAAUAACACCGCAUAAUCAUUUGACAGCAAUGACAAUGCAAUGGGGACAAUUUAUUGAUCAUGAUUUGACAUUAACAGCUCCAGCUUUGACUCGACACAGUUAUCGAGAAGGCGCGUUUUGUAAUCGAACUUGUGAAAAUGUUGAUCCAUGUUUCAAUAUUCAGUUAGAAGCUGAUGAUCCAAAACUUCACGUUGGAUUGUGAGUUUUAACAGGGACCUGGAUUAGAAGGGGAUGUAAUACGUUAGAGCCUUAUUAGCUCUUGGGGUUAAGUCGCCUUGAUCUAGAAAAAAAUGUAUAAAAAACAAUGUUUCUACCCCUUCAGAUCAUAAAAACGAGAAUGUUCGCUCUACUGCACAUUUUUUUUGAAAAUUAUAAUUCCUUUUUCUCGCGCGCAAACAUUAUUUUCUUAUCCGUUAAAACCCACCCGCUAACUUUAUUUAAAAAAAAAAUAAUUUGAAUUUCCAGACAUCAAAAAUUCCCUUGCAUUGAAUUCGAAAGAAAUGGCGCAGCUUGCGGAAGCGGAGAAACUUCACCAAUUUUCCAAAGAGUAACAUACCGUGAUCAAUUGAAUUUAUUAACUUCAUUCUUGGAUGCUUCUGGAAUCUAUGGAAAUAGUGAAGAACAAGCUUUGGAAUUGAGAGAUCUUUACAGUGAUCAUGGACUUCUACGUUUUGAUAUUGUUUCAGCGUAAGUAUCUUACAUAUUUUUCAUCACAAAAACUAGUUCAUGUAUUUUUCAGAGCCAAUAAACCGUAUAUGCCAUUCGAAAAAGAGUCAGAUAUGGAUUGCCGAAGAAAUUAUUCACGUGAAAAUCCAAUAAACUGCUUCCUAGCUGGUGAUGUUCGAGCAAAUGAGCAACUCGGAUUAAUGAGUAUGCACACAGUUUUCCUUCGAGAACAUAAUCGAAUUGCUUCCCGAUUGCUAGAAAUCAAUGAACAUUGGGAUGGUGAAACAAUUUUCCAAGAAACCCGAAAACUUAUUGGUGCUAUGCUUCAACAUGUUACUUAUAAUGAUUGGCUUCCAAAGAUUCUUGGAAAAUCAACAUUUAAUGAAAUUAUUGGAGAGUAUCGUGGGUAUAAUCCGGAUACAAAUCCAACAAUUGCAAAUGAGUUUGCCACGGCUGCUUUGAGAUUUGCUCAUACGUUGAUUAAUCCGCAACUAUUCAGAUUUGAUAAGAAUUUCAAAGAAAUUAAAGAGGGACAUCUUCCAUUGCACAAUGUUAGUUUCUUAUUGUUAGAUUCUUAAUUUAUAAAUUAAAAAAUUUUCAGGCAUUCUUCGCACCUGAAAGAUUAGUAUCUGAAGGUGGUGUUGACCCACUUCUCCGCGGAUUAUUCGCAGCACCGAUCAAAUUACCAAGACCUGAUCAAAUUCUAAACAAAGAACUCACUGAAAAAUUGUUCAAUCGUUAUCAUGAAGUUGCUCUCGAUCUAGCUGCAAUGAAUAUUCAAAGAGGAAGAGAUCACGGACUUCCAACUUGGACAGAAUAUCGGAAAUUUUGUAAUCUUUCAGUGCCAACAGAAUGGGAUGAUUUGAAACAAAUUGUUCAUAAUGAUACAGUUAUUAGCAAAUUGAAGAUCUUGUAUGGUGUUCCUCAGAAUAUUGAUUUAUGGGUUGGUGGAGUUACUGAACGAAGAACAUCUGAAGCAUUGAUGGGACCAACAUUGGCUUGUAUUAUUGCUGAUCAAUUCAGAAGACUUCGAGAUGGUGAUAGAUUCUGGUAUGAAAAUGAAGAAAUGUUUUCAAAAGCUCAAUUGCGUCAAAUCAAAAAAGUGACCCUUGCUAAAAUAAUUUGUACAAAUGGUGAUGAUAUUGAUAGAAUUCAACGGGAUAUUUUCAUCUAUCAUGGAAAUUCCACCGAAUUUUAUGAGAAAUGUGAAGAAUUACCGGAAAUGAAUUUGAAUAUGUGGACAGCUUGUUGUGAUUCAACGUGUUCUUCGGGAGGAAUGUCGAUGAAAACAUCGGAGAUGGAGGAUAAUGAGGAAAAAGAUGGAAUGAGGAAACAUAGAAGAAAGCGAAGAAGUCAUCGUAAAUCGAAAAAACAUUGUAUUGAAGAUGGCGUGAAAUAUCGGAAUGGUGAACGUUGGACACAUCAAAAUGAUAAAUGUGUGGAAUGCAUGUGUGAGGUUGGUGAUUUAAAAAUGAAUUUCAGGGGCCUCUUCGAAUUCUCAUAACUUAAUCGUACAUUAUGUCCCCCUCCAUUUCAAAAUUUUGAAAAUCAAAAAAAUUUUCAGUAGUGGGAUUAAACCGACCUCCAGAAUACUAAUUAUAUGUACUUCUAAUCAGCUGAGCCAAGAUUUGAAAAAAAAUGCAAAUUUUAAGAUUUUGUAGUUCAAGUUCAAGGGUACAUUAAAUUCGUGAUCCUAAACCAAAAUGCAUAUUUUUCAGAAUGGCGAAACUUGGUGCAAAACAAAUUGCAAAGAAAACCAAUAA